AUGCGCUUCGUUAACCUUGGAAACUGCAUCGAGUCCCCCAGGCGUGAGGGUUGGAAAAUUUCCCUUCUUUAGCAGCUAGUUAGUCGUUGCUCUGCCAUCGGAUGAACGCAAUAUGCAUCGUUCCACGUGUUGGGAGAUUGUGAUCUUGACGACAACGAUCUUGAUCGUGGGCUCGUGCUUCGGCGAUUGGGUGGAAAUUCCGUACCUGCAGCCGUCGACCACCACCCAGAAGACCACCAUCAUCCGGAAGAACAUCAACCGUCCGGCGUUUGUGGUCGAUUCGGGAUUUAUGAGCCACGUUUUGCCUCCGUUCUCGAUCGAUAGCGAUCGCGGUUCGGAAGAGUCCGAGGAGGAAGAGGACAGUGAUGAGCCAAAGCAGUCGCCAAUAAAUUAUGCCACGUUGUCGCCGCCAGUCAGGAUCAGCAAUCUGAUUGAUUUUGAGGAGUUCAAACGGCGAUCUACAACCACCACCACCACUACUACGGAAUCGCCGUCCAGCAGUUUUCCGGAGAAGUACUCCCAUUUCCAGAAACGGAUCUACGAAUAUCCACGAGUGAAUGUGUCCAACAAGUUGGGGUGGACCGCGCCUACAGAUGAGCUGCACUUUGUGACGAGUGAUUCGGACAAGGUGUCCACGAGCCACGUGCUACCAGAUCGUCAACCGAAGAGUAACAAAUACCAGGAGGAAUCGAUCGAGUACUUGCAUGGCUUUGCACCGGGAUCAACGCUUCAUCGACCACCACAGAAACCAGUGAGCGAUCGAGUGGAAAUACCCGCUGAUUCCUCCUCGGAGGAAAGCGAUCAUCAAUCUGAUGAACCCAACACAUCCGAGGAAUUCUACCGCAAUCGGACUACCCAAGAACCACCACAAGACGACAAGGACCGCUUCCAAGACUUCGAUGACUACGAAGAGCUUCAUCCCGGAGGAUCGUUCAGCAAUAUAACCGUUGUCAAACGUCGUCGACGGCCUGGUCCGCCGGGACGGGUCACCAUUGUGAAGGUUUUUCCUCCACGGCGUCACCUUAGACCGACGACCGAUCCGGGCAAUGAAGGUGGCUUCCCCGGUUUCAUCAGUUUCCUCAAGCGCAUGCAGGACAAGUUCAUGCAACGGACGGCCAAGAACAUCGGCGAUAAGAUCAAGAUAUUGCAGGAUCUGAAGGAUCAGCUACUGCUCAGUAUCGAAAGAAAAAUGUCCCUGUUGUGGCGUGAUCGGAACGUACAGACCGAGGGUAAUCAGAAGAUGGGUAAUCGACGCGUGAAGCGAGGGGGAGGCGGUUGGAUGGAUUAUGGAGACGGCGGUCACGGUGGGAUGGACUUCCCGUCCGCGGAGGCCGCCUUGCUAACAAUUUCCUUUCUCACAUUUGCUGUGUUUCUCAUAAAACUGGUUCUGCAAGUGAUCAACACAAUCAAAUCGAAACACUACACGUACAACACGCUGGCCGGGAUGAAUGGGCUCAGUGGGGCCACAUUGAAAGUUGUCAACCGAAGCAAACGAAGUGGCGAUAAUGGCGCCGAGGAUCACUGGAAGCACAAUUUGGAUAUUUUGAGUGCGAUCAACAAUUACAAAUUUUCGUAAGUACUCUACCAUAUAUCUAGUACCUAAUAAUGCUAAAGUAAGAGAA